AUGGCGGAUCAAACUCAGCGUCACCCUCGUCCUGGAGAGGAUGAACACCUGACACCGUUCCAUGUACAGGAUGAGAGUGGGAAAGAGAUCAAGCUCCUGCAUUUCAUCUACGAACAACCCGACAUUGAUGAGAUCAGAGGCAACCCGCAACGGGUUCUGGAUCUCAUCCACAAAUUCGAAGAGAAAUAUAGUUUCAUGAAUGUGGGAGCCGCCAAAGGCAAGGUCGUUACCGAUCUAAUUGCUGAACUCAAGCCACAUACGAUGAUCGAAUUGGGAGGCUAUGUAGGCUACUCGGCCAUACUGUUCGGCGAUGCCGUCCGCCGAGCUGGCGGCAAGCGCUAUUUCAGUCUGGAACUGAACCCGGAAUAUGCCGCCAUCGCCAACAUGCUGAUCGAGCUGGCCGGUCUGCGGGACUUCGUCCGCAUCAUCGUCGGUCGAAGUGACAAGUCCCUGCACAAGCUGUUCACCAGCGGCGAGGUCAAGCAGAUCGAGCUCAUGUUCAUUGAUCACUACAAGCCCGCGUACACCACGGACCUGAUGCUUUGCGAACAGCUCGGCAUGAUUGUUCCCAAUGUAUCGGUUCUGGCCGCGGAUAACGUCUUGUGGCCCGGUAACCCCCCGUAUCUGGAGUAUGUCCGCAGCACGGUGGAGCAGAAGCGCGAGGCCGCCAAGAAGGGACCGAUCAAGAGCUAUAACAAAGAAGGCAUGCCCCAGCGGACUGUCCAGUCUUUCCUGGGCGAGGAUGAUAAGCCCAGUUUUGAGGUGCUCGGGAACCCGAAUUUAGUGUACAAGAGCACGCUACAUCAGCCUGAGGGUUUGCAAACCUCAGCAUCGGCCGGCGGACAGAAAUCCGAGACGGGACAGAGUAGCCCCCACCCGGCCGAUCCAGAGGAUGCUGUAGUUGCCCCUCGCGAGGACCUUCCCCCGCACCCCCUCCUUUUCUAUGACGACUCUGGAAGAGAAUUUCAGCAGCUUGCCAAAAGUGGCACGGAGCGUUCAUUUUGUGUAUAUAAGGCAUAA